GUUUCCAAAACCGAAGACGUCAAUCAAAUGGAGAACUCAUAAGAGAGAAACGAUAAAAAAACGCAUAUGAGAGAAAUUAAGAAAAAAUGAAACGAUGGGGGUCAACGUGCUACACAUUUGAAUCUUCACAUGCGACGAAUGCAAGUGAGUGGUUGUUUAUUUCCUGUUUAAAAGAAAGCUUGCAAGUGCAUUCUGCAUUAGUGUCAUGUAUGAUCCAGUUCGACGUCGAGCUGUCGGAGAAAAAGACGAUUCUACAUCAAAGCGACACAAUGGUCCAGGAUCUUCUCAUAAAAAAGGAACUUCAUUAUACACUGAUCUCCUUGUGCCAAGUAAGCAGUGGACAUUAAUUUACUUCGGUUUUCAUCUAUGCUUACUGUUCAUAGUCAACUUUUCUUAUCAUUCUUUACCGAAAUCUAAGCUGGCAUCAGAAGCACACCAGUUGGAUUUUAUCGAAGAAAAUGCAAGGAUCCAUUUACAUGAGUUAGUUAGUCUCGGCCACAGACCAGCAGGAAGCAUCGCUAAUGAAAUAGAUGCCGUAAAUUACAUCCUGGCGACUGUGGAAAAUAUUAAACAGAACGCACAGCCAAACGUCAACAUUGAAACAAGCUUACAACAUCCCACGGGUUCAUUCAGCAUAGACUUUCUCGGUGGCUUUGCAAGCUAUUACUCCAAUAUUACGAACACAGUAGUCAAGCUUUCACCAGUUAAACAUCAAGCUAAAGAUGCUUUACUGCUGAACUGUCAUACUGACUCAGUUUCAGGGGGACCAGGAGCAAGUGAUGAUGCAGUUGCGUGCUCCGUCCUUCUUGAAGUGAUGCGGGCAAUGUCAAGGAGUAAGGAAGAGUUACAACAUUCAAUAAUUUUUCUCUUCAAUGGAGCAGAGGAGAAUGUGUUGCAAGCCUCUCAUGGAUUCAUAACUCAACAUCCAUGGGCAAAAGAGGUGCAAGCGUUUAUUAACCUUGAAGCAGCUGGGGCAGGGGGGAAAGAAAUUGUGUUUCAGACUGGACCAAGCAACCCGUGGUUAGCAUUAGCAUGGGCACAGAAUGCACCUCAUCCUUUUGGAUCUGUCUUGGCACAGGAAGUUUUCCAAAGUGGAAUCAUCCCUUCAGAUACUGACUUUAGAAUAUUUCGUGAUUAUGGAAAAAUUCCAGGGAUAGAUCUGGCAUAUAUGAAAAAUGGAUAUGUUUAUCACACUAUAUAUGAUAAUGAGGAUAUGAUUCUACCAGGGUGCAUACAAAGAGCAGGAGAAAAUAUAUUAGCUGUAGUACGUCAUCUCGUGAAUUCUCCAUCUUCCAUGCUGAGUGAUCCAUCAUCAUACAGACAUGGAGCUCUCGCUUUUAUGGACAUCCUUUCCGUCUACAUGAUCACACUCCCGAUGCGGAUGCUCUACCUCCUUAAUCUUCUUGUUUGCGGAGCUACUUUUUUCAUCUUGGCUAAAUUUGUCACAGAAAAUGCUGAGACCACCAAUUUAAGUUCCAAACUAUCCUGUGCAUUCCACUGGGGAAAACUGCUUCUCAAGGCCUUGGCAGUGAACCUUAUUUCAUGGGUGGCCAGCUUUGUAGCAGUUACAUGCGUGGCUGUGUUUUUAACAGCCAUAGGAAGUACAAUGUCAUUCUACUCGAAACCAGUAUUUUCCGUUUUCCUCUAUGUACCACCCGCACUUGCUGCUAUGCUGAGUGUGCAUGAAUUUGCUAAAAACAAACUUUUUCAGAAUGUUGGAAACUGCUGGAAAAUCGAACGACUUUUUUUUCAUUCCACUUUACUGCUAUGGUCAGCCUGUUUAUUCUACUUAAAUCGUUCCGGAAUUCUAUCCAGUAUAAUUCUCCUUGUGUGUCUCCUGUCUCUCCUAACUCUCAGGUGCUUUGGGUUCCGAAGAUUCUUCUCAAAUCCUGAUACCAGAGGAACCUCCAAGGUCAUCCUCCAUCUUCUCUCCUCCUCCCUUCCCUCUAUCAUCAUGCUCUCUCACUCCUUCCUCAUCAUGGAGUUGUUCAUCCCGCUGUGCGGAAGAUUAGGCAAUGUGGUUCCUCCGGACCUAGUGAUUGGGUUCCUGGUGGCGUUCACCCUCUGCCUCACUUUUUCAUUCUCUUCAAACCUCUUCUAUGUCACAUCAUCAAUGAAAAUGUUCAUUUAUAUGUUGCUUUUAUCUUCUGUGUUAUCAAUAAUGGCAGCCAUAUCACCCUAUGGCUUCCCAUAUUCAUACUCAGCUACAGAACCGACGCCAAAGCGACUCUUUUUACAGCACACAGCGCGCGAGUUUCACAAUAUGCACGGAGAAGUCACAAGAACAGACAGUGGUGUUUGGACAAACUGUCUCGACUAUCCUUGCUUCUCAUAUGAUAUCGGUUCUAAAGCAAUACAGAACACACCAACCAAACCUUGCUCAGGUUUGUUUUGUGAAUCCCCAUGGGCGAUUCCAUGUCAUAAACUUGUGAUAAAAUCUCGUUACGUUAUUUCACCUCCACCAUCUGAUGAUAUUACCAACCAAUAUCCAAUGACAUUUCAACUUACAAGCAACACUGUUAAUAUCCUAUCAGAAAAUUCCACCACACGGACAUACACGCGACGUUACAACUUCGUAAUCACUGGCCCCGAUCACAUGGCACUCCAAUUUGCUCCACUGUCCACACACAGAACACAUGCUAAGCUUACAAGUUGGUCAAUUGAUGAUGACAUUUCACUUGGAAGGACAACUCCUUCAGCGCAAAGCCCAGGUGGAAGCUCAUAUUAUUACACUGAUUGGUAUUUCAUCUACUUUGGUUCUGGUCUUGACCCUUUACCAUGGAAACCGUGGCUGGAACUCACGAUCACCGAAGACAGCUCUUUACCUCACCCAAGUGGUAGAAGAGACCUGCCUAGUUUAGAAAUCGCUCAUAGCGGACAAUACUACUCGAAAGAUCGCAAUAUUCCAGUGCCAGGACAAACACCUGAGUUGAAAGAAAUUAUGUCCGAUUUGCAUGACUGGGUGACGCCCAUGGCAUGGGUGUCUCUGUAUAAGAGUUAUUUGUUUUAGUUAUUUUUGACUUAUUUACUCAAGUUCUAGGUAUGAAAUAAUCAAGUAUGUAUUCAAGUGUAAGCUAUGUAAUUUCUUAUUUAUGUUUGUGUGUGUGUGUGUGAUAUUUAAUUUGUUUUCAUUUAAUCAGUUUAAAUUAGGUCCUUCAUUGUGUUCUAUUUUUUAUUAAAGUGUGAAUUUAGUGGAAAGUUUUUCAAAUUAAUUUACUGUCACCAUAACAUUUAUUAAAGUCUGGCAACCCUAUGGUUUGCUUGUCAUAUACUGUUUAAAAUUUGAUUUCUUGUCAUAAGUUACAUAUUUAUACAUAAUUAUAUGACAGAAAUUUAAACAUUACAUAAUUGGUAGUAACACCUUGUAUGCAGUGUAUAAGAAUUCACUAAUCAGAUUAUGUCGUAAAAUCAUACUUUGCCCUUCUGAAGUAUUUAACGGUUCCAAUCAAAUUGUUUUUUUUGUGAAUUUCUUUAAAAAUGCAAAACUGCACUUGUUUCAUUGUAAUUCAUCAAAUGAUGUGUUCCUAUUCACUUUAUAACCCACAAGGUUCCUAUUUUACUGGCCAUAAGUUUUUUAGUAAUAGACAAGCUAAUACUACAUUCACAUUGUAAACUAUUAAGGUUUAUUAAAGCCCUUAAUUUUGCACAAGAGUGGCACAAACGUUUUACCAGUUUUUAAUUUGACUUUUGUGCAACAAGAGUGCUACACCAAUCAGAGCAAAAAUCUUCAUGGACAUGCAAAAUGCACUAAAGUAGUGACUGACAAAAAGACCGCACUAGGUCCAUUUCCAAUUGAAAUUGCACUGCAGGCCGAUUUUGGUCAUUUGGCAAAAUUUCCCAAAAAAACACAUGUGAAUUUGUUCCAUGCGUGAUAUGCAAUCUCCACCAAUACAGCUAUGCUUUUUGUUUAAAUCGAAUUAAGUGUUAUUUGUAUUCAAAUCCGUAGCCUUCAAUAUCAUAGAUAACUGUACUUGGACUAUUCUACCUACUAUGUUAACUGUUUUUUGUCUAAAAUAUUGUACUUUUCCGGUGUCUUUUUUUACAAAUUUGGUAUAAAAAUCACUGUUGGUACAAUUACAUUACGACCAAGUUUUUUUUAGUUUUUCACAACAAUAUUUUUAUUGUUUUUCUUUUAACAAUUAUACCACAUUCCUAUUUUAAUUUUUUCAAAAGGGUGGAUAUAGCAUUUUCUAGAUGUACUGGUGGAAUUUAAAGUUUGAGAACUUCUAUUUUAACUGUAGUUUUCUAUUCACAACGCAAAUUAAUAAUUUCCAUAUUCUGUUUUCUUUUGUGUUUAGUUAAAUGAUUACUGUAUGCAGCAUUCGUAACC